UCUCCUGGAUCAUACACACUUUGGUCACCGGCCAAUUACACGUUAGGUAGCGUAGUCAACAUGCGGACAACAAUUCUCAUGUCGUUUUUCUGUCUUAUCGGAUUCAGCUGCGCCUCGAUGUUGGCGUUUAUACUGUACCUCACCACAUAUGGGAAAGGUACGGGGGUUGGAUCGAUCGAGUGGAACGCUUUAGACGACUCCAUAAUUGUCCGGCGACGCGCUGGGAUUGCAGGAAGAAAUCCGGUCGUUACUCUGCCAAACACAGUGGUCCUAUCAGACAGAAAAUACCUCAACAUCAAAGUAGCAGAUUCCCAGUGGAACCGACCACACAUCGCGUCCAGUGCCGAUGUCAUGACCAACAAACAGCCUUCUGUGAAACCUGUCAUUGCCUGGAGGGAAAACAGUCAAUCUUUGCGGCCAGGUGAAACCGUCAAGAUGGAAAACAAUUCUGCAGUACAAACUCAAGACAGACACAAAGAAUCGGUUAUUAGCGGUAAGCGUGAACAAAAAAGUAACGAAACUGGGAUGAUACAGAAACUGCAUCAAGGAAAUCACCUACCGCUGGCUGAUGUGAAGAAAAAUCUUCAUACAACGUCAAAAAGUAUACUUAGAACGGAAUUUAGCCCCGUGGGUCAAGGACAAAGUAGACAUUUUGUCCUUCAGAGCAGCUCCAGUAGCAAUAAAGAACCUAAUACGCCAAAAGUAGAAUCUCUUAAAGAGUUGCCUAUUGUUGGCGAUAGGACUGGACUAGUUAUUCCUGGACAAAAGGAAACACAUAGCAUUAAAGAUGUCUACAUCAACCAGCAAGAUCACUCAGGACUUAACUCUACCUCAAAAUAUAAACACCGCCAACAUGACGGGAAAACUGACAAGAAUUUGGACGAUGGUGGUAAAUUCAAUGAACGAUUUUCUGCAUUGAAUGAUAGUGGAUAUACAAGAAACAAUUUCUCAGUGAACGUUGCUAAAAGAAAACGUUCACCACUGCCUGUGAUUGAAGAUGGGAUAGAGAUCGGGAAUGACAGCUACCGGCAGACUACCGGGGACAUGUGCGCUCCGAAGAAACAUUUUGUUUGGAUCAAGGUGCAUAAGGCCGGCUCGCAGACCACAAAUCCAAUCUUCGAACGGUUCGCCUACAAACAUCAUCUGAGGUUAUUGUUUGGUAUCUCUAACGGCCCGACUGUGUACUGGCCGCGGUCUCCGAAAGGGGGUGUGUAUAUGCAGACCCGGAAGGGAGGGCUGUUCGACGCCUUGUAUGUUCAUAGCCGUUACAAUAAAACAUGGAUGCGAGCCCACUUCCCCAAUGACACGGUGUAUCUGGCUAUUGUGAAGGAUCCGUUCUCUCACUUCAAGUCCAGUUUUCACUACUACGGCCUACAGCGGAAUCUCAACUUAGAUGACUCCUGGAACCCGGUCAAGACGUUUCUCUCGAACCCCUGGAAGUACAAGACAGAGGCGCUGUAUCAGGGAAUACGGUUUGACAAAACCAGAAACGCACAGCUCUUUGACCUGGGGUUUCCCAUUGAGAGGUCACACGACAUGGUGUGGGCCAGGGAAUACAUUGAACAGUUAGACAAGGACUUCUUACUCGUGAUAAUUCUAGAGCAUUAUGCCGAAUCAUUGGUAUUGAUGAAGAGGUUGAUGUGUUGGGAAUUACUAGAUAUUCUAUUGGUAGAAGAUAGGUUAAACUCUCGACAUUACCGGUACAAAUACUACCGUCCUACACAGGAAGAGUUGAUCAGGUACAAGCAGUAUGCGGAGGCGGAAUACGCUAUGUACGAACAAUUCAAUAAGUCCCUGUGGACUAAGAUCUCGCAACAGAGUCAGGACUUCUUUCAAGAGGUUGAGCACUACAAGCGGAUGACGAAACAAGUUCGCUAUUUUUGUAAGGACAACUCAACUAAAGAACUUUUUAUUUCAGCUUCUCCAUGGAAUGCUCAAUAUAAAAUGAGCCAGUCCACCUGUACCUACCUCAAAAUGCGUGAUGAUGAAUGGAGAGCACAUUCGUGGGCACAGCUCCGCUAUCCUUCACGUAUCAAACGCCCUCUGCGACUUGAAUACUACAACAACAUAAGCAAGUUUCACGACAAGCUGCUAGCUGCGGCCAGAAAAGACUCUGCAGAAAAGGGGAGAUCAUAGCUUUAGAGCUGCGAAAUAAACGUGUUUGUCCAUUGA